AACUACAAAAAAACAACACCCUCAUAAAUUGCAAACACCGAUCAGAAAGAAAAAAUGAGUUCCCUUCGUCUGGCUUUAUGCUGUGUGGUGGUAGUGCUUGGAGCACUACCACACUUCUCAUAUGCACAGCUAGAUCCUUCAUUUUACGAUAGCACAUGUUCAAAUGUGACUUCAAUCGUACGUGAGGUGCUCUCAAAUGUCUCCCAGUCUGAUCCCCGCAUACUUGCAAGUCUCAUCAGGCUCCAUUUUCACGACUGUUUUGUUCAGGGGUGUGACGCAUCAAUUCUGCUGAACGACACGGACACGAUCGUGAGCGAGCAAAGUGCAGUGCCAAACAACAACUCAAUAAGAGGUUUGGAUGUUGUGAACCAGAUCAAGACUGCAGUGGAAAAUGCUUGUCCCGGCAUAGUUUCUUGUGCUGAUAUUCUUGCUCUUGCAGCUCAAAUAUCUUCUGAUCUGGCUAAUGGUCCUGUUUGGCAAGUUCCAUUGGGAAGAAGGGAUAGUUUGACAGCAAAUCAAACCCUUGCUAACCAAAAUCUUCCGGCUCCUACUUUUACCAUUGAUCAACUUAUCGAAUCAUUUGGUAAUCAAAGCCUCAACAUUACUGAUCUAGUUGCACUUUCAGGUGCUCAUACAAUUGGUAGAGCUCAAUGCAGAUUUUUUGUUGAUCGAUUAUACAAUUUCAGCAACACUGGCAACCCAGAUCCUACUCUAAACACAACUCUCUUACAAUCAUUGCAAGGAAUAUGUCCAAAUGGUGGACCUGGCACUAAUCUCACCAAUUUGGACUUAACCACUCCAGACACAUUCGACUCCAACUAUUACUCCAAUCUUCAACUUCAAAAUGGCUUGCUUCAGAGUGAUCAAGAGUUGCUUAGUGCAAAUAAUACGGAUAUCGUUGCCAUUGUCAACAAUUUCAUUAGUAACCAAACUCUUUUCUUUGAAAACUUUAAGGCGUCAAUGAUAAAAAUGGGCAACAUUGGAGUGCUAACGGGAUCACAAGGAGAAAUCCGAUCGCAAUGUAAUUCUGUGAAUGGAAAUUCUUCCGGACUUACUACUACUGCCACCAAAGAAUCAUCACAAGAUAGCAUGGUUAUGGACUUGGAUUAUACAUAUGGGGUGUACACAUUAUCACUGCACCUUCCUUCUUCAAGUGGCAGAAAAAUGAGGUGUUUUGGUCUUGUAGUGAUAGGUCUAGUGGUUGUGCUUGGAGGGUUACCCUUCUCUUCAAAUGCAGGAUUAGAUCCCUUCUUUUACAAGAAGAGUUGUCCCCAGGUGCAUUUCAUUGUAUUUAGAGUCGUAGAGAAAGUUUCAAGAACCGAUACACGUAUGCCUGCCAGCCUCGUCAGGCUUUUCUUUCAUGACUGCUUUGUUCAAGGCUGUGACGCAUCAAUUUUGUUGAACAACACAGCCACCAUAGUGAGUGAGCAACAAGCUCUGCCAAACAACAACUCAAUAAGAGGUUUGGAUGUUGUAAACGAAAUCAAGACAGAGUUGGAACAAGUUUGCCCUGGUGUAGUUUCUUGCGCUGAUAUUCUUACCCUUGCAGCUGAAGUAUCUUCUGUUCUGGCUCAUGGUCCUUUUUUGAAAUUCCCCUUGGGAAGGAGAGAUAGUUUAACAGCAAACCGAACCCUUGCCAAUGAAAACCUUCCUGCUCCUUUCUUCAACCUCACUCAACUUAAAGCUGCCUUUGCUGUUCAAGGUCUCGACACUACUGAUCUUGUUGCACUCUCAGGUGCUCAUUCAUUUGGUAGAGCUCACUGCUUUUUCAUUCUAGACCGAUUGUACAAUUUCAGUGGUACUGGCAGACCCGAUCCAACUCUUGACACAACUUACUUGCAACAAUUGCGCCAAAUAUGCCCCCAAGGUGGACCUAACAACCUUUUGAAUUUUGACCCAACCACUCCUGAUACAUUGGACAAGAACUACUACUCCAAUCUUAAGGUUAAGAAGGGUUUGCUCCAGAGUGAUCAAGAGUUGUUCUCAACACCUGGUGCUGAUACCAUCAGCAUUGUCAACAAGUUCAGUAGUGACCAAAUAGCUUUCUUUAAGAGCUUUUCCGCUUCGAUGAUUAAAAUGGGAAACAUUGGUGUGCUAACUGGGAAGAAAGGAGAAAUCAGAAAACAAUGUAACUUUGUUAACAAGAAAUCUGCUGAACUUGAUAUAGGUAUUGUGGCAUCCGAAUCAGAGGAGGGUGUGGUUAGCUCAAUAUAAAUGAAUUAGGAAGAGUUUUAUAUACACUGGGAAAUUAUGUGAAUGAAGGUCACUAAUAAAGAAGCUAUAGGCACAUUAUUCGUAUCAAGUGCCCCCAGCUAGCUAUAGUUUAUUGUAUUCUGAAUCAUGUUGUAUUUGUAUUAAAAUUCUCUUUUUCCAUAUCUGUUUGUUCUUUUCUUCCA